AAAGUUCUUUCUCUUUGCUCUGCAGACUAUACAUACACAGCAACGAGCAGAGAGAGAUCUUGCAAUUGCUCGGCUUGAGCAGAGCAGGAUAUUACUAGCAAUGAGCAAUGAGAUUGGCUGAACACCACAGCAAGAACUAUGGAGUCUUAGAGGAAGCUCUUCAAUUUGUUGGAAGCAUUAAAACCACCUCACAUUACGUUUCACCUGAUCACCUCUACGAUUCCUCUCCAAACCCAGACGGAGCAAACUCUACUCCUGGUGGAAUAAAGUCAAACUUUGUGAUCAACGCCUUUGCCUCAACUUUCGGGUUUGCAAAAAGAGCACUUGGAUUCAACCAUGUGAAAGGUGUACUUGGAAACGCUGCUAUAUUCGCCAUUAGCAUGGUCGCUAUGCUACAUCUUCACCAAGUGGCUACUAGUGAACAUCAUCUACAGAAGAAAGAAGACAGAUUCUACAGAAGCCAACAGAGGAAAACAUACGGAAGAGAUAAGUCUUCAGGUGACAGAAGUUUGGACCACUUGGACGUGAUGAUGGCUCGUGGUUAAGACCAGGGAUCAAACUUGUCUACACGUGUUGAUACUCGGAUGCAUUUUGAUAAAAGACAUAACGAGAAAAACUAAGAAGAGAAGAGAUAAUUGUUUGCUCUCUCAUACGAUCUUCUAGGUUUCGAUAUUAUCAGUAAAGGGAUAAGAAUUUGGAGGCAAAGUGUUGGAAUUUUCUGAGCUCAUCUGAUGCAAAUAUUGUUCUUUUCUUCUCGUUUAGAUUUUCAGUCACUGUGGUUAAGUUUUGUUUGUUUUGUUUGGUUUUGUUGAUUUCAAGUGUGGUUGGGCUUUUUUUGUAAUAACAAGAUCUCUUGGCUCUUCUGUAGUGGCAAA